CUGAUUCCUGAUCCCUGAUUCCCUGAUCCUUGGUCCCGCCAUGGGAGCCUGAGCACCCUUCAUUCCCCCGGCCCCCUGCCCCCGGGGCCUCGAGGGGGAAAGAGGCAGAUGGUCUGGGACUAAGCAGGGGGUGAGCGGACCCAGGAGCCCCCCUCAACAUCCCACCAUCGCCGGAGCUGCCCGUCCGGGAGCGCGGAGUUCGGAGCGACCCGGAGCGCUGCGGAUACAAAGGCGCCGGGCCGAGCCGGGCGCCCGCCGAGCCCACCCGGCAGUUCGCAGCGGCGGGAGCGUCGCUUGAUUUUCUCUGAGAUAAGCCCACCCUUCCAGCAAAAUAGAGUCCCUCAGGGUGACAGUUGACUUCCUAAAGGUGCCUCUUGGCCUGAAGAAGCCGGUGCUGAAGGAGGUGGCUGUGGGGCCCCCCAAGAGGCCCCAGCCUGCGGCCCUGGAGCGCUACAAGGCGCGGCGUUCAGACGCCAUGGACACCGAGUCUCAGUACUCGGGCUAUUCCUAUAAGUCGGGCCACUCCCGCAGCUCCCGCAAGCACAGGGACCGCCGGGACCGACACCGCUCUAAGAGCCGAGAUGGGAGCCGUGGGGAUAAGUCAGUCACAAUCCAGGCUCCAGGAGAGCCCUUGCUGGACAAUGAGUCCACACGGGGGGAUGAGCGGGAUGACAAUUGGGGAGAAACCACCACGGUAGUCACUGGCACCUCCGAGCAUAGCAUCUCGCACGAUGACCUCACGCGAAUUGCCAAGGACAUGGAGGACAGUGUUCCACUGGACUGCUCCCGUCAUCUGGGUGUGGCCGCGGGGGCCACUCUGGCGCUGCUCUCCUUCCUCACCCCACUAGCUUUCCUGCUGCUACCCCCACUGCUGUGGCGGGAUGAGCUGGAGCCAUGUGGGACGGCCUGUGAGGGCCUCUUCAUUUCAGUGGCCUUCAAGCUGCUCAUUCUGCUGCUGGGCAGCUGGGCUCUGUUCUUCCGCCGGCCCAAGGCCUCGCUGCCCCGUGUCUUUGUGCUGCGAGCCCUGCUCAUGGUGCUCGUCUUCCUGCUUGUGGUCUCCUACUGGCUCUUCUACGGAGUGCGCAUCCUGGACGCUCGGGAGCGUAGCUACCAGGGUGUGGUGCAGUUCGCGGUGUCGCUGGUGGAUGCCCUGCUCUUCGUGCACUACUUGGCUGUGGUCCUGCUGGAGCUGCGGCAGCUCCAGCCCCAAUUCACGCUCAAGGUUGUGCGCUCCACCGACGGGGCCAGCCGCUUCUACAAUGUUGGCCAUCUCAGCAUCCAGCGCGUGGCAGUGUGGAUCCUGGAGAAGUAUUACCAUGACUUCCCUGUCUACAACCCUGCCCUCCUCAACCUGCCCAAGUCCGUCCUGGCCAAGAAAGUGUCUGGCUUCAAGGUGUAUUCUCUCGGAGAGGAAAACAGCACCAACAACUCCACGGGCCAGUCUCGGGCUGUGAUUGCGGCUGCGGCCCGGCGGCGGGACAACAGCCACAAUGAGUACUACUAUGAAGAAGCUGAACAUGAGCGCAGGGUGCGCAAGCGGAGGGCCAGGCUUGUGGUGGCAGUGGAGGAGGCCUUCACUCACAUUAAGCGACUGCAGGAGGAGGAACAGAAGAAUCCAAGGGAGGUAAUGGACCCCCGGGAGGCAGCCCAGGCCAUCUUUGCAUCCAUGGCUCGUGCCAUGCAGAAGUACCUUCGGACCACCAAGCAGCAGCCUUAUCACACCAUGGAGAGUAUCCUGCAGCACCUUGAAUUUUGCAUCACGCAUGACAUGACACCCAAGGCUUUCCUGGAGCGGUAUCUGGCAGCUGGACCCACCAUCCAGUACCAUAAAGAACGCUGGCUGGCCAAACAGUGGACACUGGUGAGCGAGGAGCCAGUGACCAAUGGGCUUAAGGAUGGCAUCGUUUUCCUCUUAAAACGCCAGGACUUCAGCCUGGUGGUCAGUACCAAGAAGGUGCCGUUCUUCAAACUCUCCGAGGAAUUUGUGGAUCCCAAGUCGCACAAGUUUGUCAUGAGGCUGCAGUCAGAGACCUCAGUGUGAUCAUGCAACUGCAGGGGAGUGGGAGACUUUGGGGCCUUCUGCGGGGUGGGAGGGGGCUUGGUUCUCAGGCCCAGCCACAUUCCCGCUGCCCUUCUUCCUCUUGCUCUUGUUUUUUUACUUGAAUUAACUUACCCCUCACCCUGUCUCCUUAUUUUACCCAUGUGAACCUGGAGAGAUCAUCCUGCUGUUAACAGUACCUGGGAACCUUCCCCAUCUCCAUCCCCCACUUUUAUAUUCCUCCAGGCCCUGCAGGAAUCAGUGCCUCUCUCCCUUCUUUUCCCCAAUUUUCCCUAGAUGACAGUCCCUUCUGAAAGGGCACAGGCCCUCCUGAUUGUACCUUCCCUUCCUGAGCCCCCAUCACAAGCCCACAUUCUUCUAGCCAUUCUCUCCAGUGGCCCAUGACAGGAUUUCUCUGGGGGUAUGGAUAUGACCCCAGAGAGCCACAGUGCCAAACUCCUCCAGGGCAGCAGAUAUCCCCUCCUGCCCCUUCACCACACUCAUAUCAAACCCAGAGUUCUUGGGCAAGGAUGUUGCUGCCACAUAGCCCCGAGUUAGGAAUCUCCCUGUAGCAUUAUUUGUUCCCAGCUACCCUCCCCGAUCCACACAUAUUUAGAGCAAGGGAAAAUCCCAUAAUUUACCUGGAAGUCUCCACCUGCCAGUUCUGAUUGUUGUAAUCACAUGUGACCAUAGGCAGACUGAGGUGGAAAGCCUCUGACUACUUCCCCAGGGCCCUAGGGGAAGGUCCAAUGGUCUUAAGAUAGAUCCCUGAGGUCAGAGAGACACUUGUCACUGGCCCCUCCCCUCUGAAACUGUCCUGACCUUCAUGCCGACUCUUCUCAAUGAAGGACAGACUCCUGAACAGACUUAGUGGCGAACAGUCCCUGACCAACUCCAUGGUCUAAGGCAGAUGCUUUUCUUUUCUGCACCAGCCACCCCAGUCCUGCUGACUUCUCUUGGCUCCAGAGACCUGUUGCCUCAUCUAUUUAUGGGGGAGGAGCCAGCAGCUCCUCCUUGUUCCCUGCCUUAAGUCCAGUUCUUUGCCUCAGGGGUCUCUUUUCCUUGGCCUUCCAGGGUCCCCUCCUCUCCUGUCCUCCCCUGGUUCUCUGGGCACUGUUUUGGGGUGAGAGACCAGGAUUACUGCCUUUAGUGGGUAUAUAACCCCUCACCCCAUUUUAGCUUCCAUCACCUUUGCACCAAAUCUGAAUUCUCAAUAGUGUAGAUCUCAUUGUGAGCAAAAUUCACUGGCCCUCUAAUACAUCUUUUCACAGUGAAUUUUCGCUUAUAAAUCAGAUACCAUUAAAUUAUAUAGUUUUUGCCAAGGGGAAUAGAAGUAGGAAAUGCCCAUAUAUAUAUAUCCUUCCAGGAACCACAUGGAGAACUGUUUUUAUGGCCGAGAAGGAGCAUGCCCCUGGGUUCACUCUUUAAAUAACGCACAAUUCCCCUAUAUAGGCCCUUCUCUUCCCUGGAAAAUAUUCUGGUACUUUCCUUGUAAAGCACAUUCUGGAAUAAGCCCAUCGAGCUCUUACCUGGGAGGCUUUAUCUCUAUAGUGAUAACCUCAUGAUUGGAAUUUCUCCUGUCCUUUCUGAAAAGGCACAUCUCUCCACCUACCAUGUAGCUGGUUCAUAGCUGGUUUGUCAGUCAGUGCUUAUCUUAUCCCUUGUCCCCAGCAGGGGUCCUCUAGGUUAGCCUUUAACUGGGGCUGGGGGUCUUUGGAUAGGCCCAUGUGAAAUACAUGUUGUUCUGGGGGUCCUGGGAAAGGUAUCUUUUUUAAAUUAAAAUCUGGUUUCAGAGGAGUCCCUCUGGGUCACACAAAUACCUCACUGUCCUGGAAAACAAGACCUGGAUGGUGAUUGAGGUCAUUGCCUUUGUGGGCAACAGUAGGGUGUAGUGUGGUUUGGGCGUGUGGCUGGGGUGGACAGAGGAAAUUAUUUGUGGUCAUAGUUGCUGCCCCAAGUUAGGGAUGGGGGAGUGUUUAUUUUAAGAACCUGCCAUGUUUUUAAUCACUGUGAUUUUUUCAUUCCUUUUUCCUAAAACAAAAAGAGAAACGAACCAUUUUUCCCCCCUAACUCUCUCUUUCUCUAAGCACUAAGGGCUGUGACUGAGAAUGGUAGUGUUUUGGUUCUUUGCGUCAGAACUGUGGUAUCUUUGUCUUUUUUGGUUAUUAUUAUUAAUAUUUUUUGAAAAUGUCAGGAUGAGUUGUCAAGUGUAUGGCUGUGUGUGUGUUCUUUUUCCUGUAUGGGAAUUGUCUUCAUGCUGUGAACUGCUGGGGGUUGGGCAGCUGGUCCCUAUGAGCAGUUUCCCCCACCAGGCGUGUCCCACCACUCUCUGGGUUUUCCCAUUCUUCCUCUGAGGGGGGUGUGCCCACUUGUGGCAACCCUGCUCCAUCACUGCAGGGGAUGCUGGGAUGCUGUGCUGGGCAUCUCCAGUGCUGUUGUUUCUAUGACUAUGUGGCAUCCUAGCUCACCCCCAGCACACCUACUUGGCCUUCCUUUUCAUGGCCUUGGAAUGCUUGUCUCCCUUCCCAGCACACCAGGACACUGUGCCUCAGUCCUUCACCUACCUCGCCACUCUACCACUGUCCCCAUUGGUUCCCUUCUCUGAAAGUAGUAUUUGUGUCUGGUUUAUUCUUUUUUAUGUCCCUGUAGUCUCUUGGUUUUUCUUCCCAUUCCUUUCCACAUCAGCCCUUAAUUGUUCGCUUCCCCAGCCCACUCAACAUUCCCAUUGCAAACCCUGAUACAGCACCGGUGAGGAGACGUCGGAUCCCUGGAAGCUUCUCAUCUGAAACACCUUCCCAGGGUUUGUUUCACCUCUGCUGGGCCCAGAUGAGCUCCCUUUCUCCUUUGUGGUGUCUGUCAGUCUGUCUUCGCUCUCCUCUGCCCUCCCCAUGGGGCAGUAUCUGCUGAUGGACUCAGUCCUGGUGUGUGACUGUUGUGAUUUUGUUCUCUGCGCAAAAGGAAGGGGCUUUUUGAGUUCCUUUCAAGUGAGAUUGUAAAUGUAGAAUUUUCCACUGUUGAAUCUAGAUUUUUCCUUUUUUUUCCUUUUUUCCUUUUCUUUCUUUUUUUUCUCUUUUUGGGUUACAGAGCUGAGACAUUGUGCAUGCAUGUAGAAAAUUGUAAAAUGUAAAGUUUUUUUUAAUAUAUAAAAAGCUUGUUUUUACAGUUUGCAGUGGAUCUAAACAUUAUGGCAAUUUUAGGGAUUUUUUUCUUAAACAUAGGAAACUAAAACUGUAUAAAUUUUUUUUAUACAUAAAAUAAAGACAUUUGACUUUU